UUUCGUGACACCCAGAUCAAACCGGAGACAGCAUGAGUUUUCCGUUGCUGGUUUCCCAGUUUAAGAUAUGUCGCUAAUCAUAUAUCACCACACAGCCAGACGCAAGACCAAAAGUAAACAAAAUGGCAGAAAGCGAAAAAGAUCAGUUUGAUGAGGAAGAUAAUGAAGAGGAUGUACAACCUGAGAAGAGAACAAAGAAGAUAUUUUCUAAAGAAUUACGUUGUAUGAUGUAUGGGUUUGGAGAUGAUCAAAAUCCGUAUACAGAAUCUGUAGAUCUGAUUGAAGAUUUGGUCAUUGAAUACAUUACAGAAAUGACAAAGCGAGCACUAGAAGUUGGCAGACCAGGAAGGAUAUCAGUUGAAGACAUUAUUUUCCUGAUUAGAAAAGAUCCAAAAAAGUAUUCUAGAGUUAGAGAGCUGUUGACAAUGAGUGAAGAGUUGAGAAAAGCUAGAAAAGCGUUUGAUGAAAUUAAAUAUGCAACAACUAAAUGAUAAAGUAAUUUUGGAUACUGAGACUAUUCAUUAGUAUUGGUUGGGAACAAGACAUGAGAAAAGAUAGAGUGGAUAUGUGUCAUGAUGUUUGUGAAACUGAAAUUAUUGUGUGAUGUAGAUGAUCUGUGUCAUCAAAAAUUAUAAAUUUAAAGAUUUGGACAGAAAAAAAUGAAGACUUUAACUAAGCUGGCCAUCUUUGUUUGCACAAUUUUAAAAAUUAGACAAAAAAAUAUUUUUGUCAUCUUUCAUUUUCUAGUAGCUCUUGUAACUCCAAUUUCAGAUUCUAUGAAUUUAUCUCUUUUGUUGUAAAUGUUCAUUAAAUCCAAGUAUUGAAUAUAAGCUAUACAAUAAAAAGCAGUAUUGUACACUGUUAUGAACAUAUAAUAUUGUUAGUUAACGUCAAAUUUGGAUGGGAAGCUAAAAUUGAAGAUGUGUAUAAAAUUUUAGCCUUAGUUAAGAAAAAUGACUUGAAAUGUGGAUACUAAAAUAAACUGUACCUAAAUCAUCUGUCUUAAAGAGUUGUAAAAAAAGGUUUUUAUAUUUUUUAGCUCACCUGUCACAAAGUGACAAGCUGAGCUUUUGUGAUCGCUUUUCGUCUGUCGUCUGUUCGUAAACUUUUACUUUAAACUACAUCUCCUAAUAAACUGCAAAGCCAAUUUCAUCCAAAUUUCACUGGAAGUUCCUUUGGUAGUCAACUUUAAAAAUUGUUCAAAGAAUUUAAUUCCAAGCAUUUUUCUGGGCAACAGAAAGAAAAAAAAACUUAAUAUCUUCAUUUAGAAAACAGAAAGAGCUAGAGCUUAAAUAUUUGGCAUGAAACAUCAUCUAGUCAGUGUCUACCAAGUUUGUUCAAAUAAAUGCCUUGGUGUCAAAAUUGGCCCCGCCCCGGGGUGGGGGGAGGGGGUCAUUGAUUUUCCUUAUUUGUAUAUAUAGUAAAAACUUUAAAAAAAUUCUUAUAAAAAACCCUAAGAGCUAGAGCUAAGAUAUUUAGCAUGAAACGUCUUCUAAUGGGUGUCUACUAUUUUUGUUCAAAUAAGGGCCCUGGGGUUAAAAUUGGCCCCUGCGGGGGGGGGGGGGGUCAUUGAUUUUCCUUACAUGUAUAUAGUAAAAUCUUCUGUUAAAAAACCCAAAGGGCUAGAGUUUAGAUAUUAAGCAUGAAUUAUCUUCUAGUGAAUAUCUACCAAGUUUAUUCAAAUAAAAGCCCUGGGGACAAAAUUUGCCCCUCCCAGAGGUGAGUCAUUGUUUUUCUCUAUAUGUGUAUAGUAAAAACUUUAAAAAAUCUUCUUACAGCUAGAGCUUAAAUAUUGAUCAUUAAACAUCUUCAAAUGGUAGUCUACCAAGUUUGUUCAAGGGUUAAAAUUGGCCCCACCCCAGAGGGGCUAUAUACAGGUGAGCGAUUUCAGGGCCAUCAUGGCCCUCUUGUUUUGUAUUCUAGAUGUUGCAUGGGUAUUAUCAGACGCAUUGAAAAACUGGAAAUAUGAGGGCUGAUCAUUAAUCAAAAAGUUUGUUGACUGUGGCUGUAAUGUUCACAUAGAACAUUGUGUGGCACAAUAUUGAAUGCAACUCCAUGUGAAUAUAAAUUUGUUGACUUUACAUUGUAUUGUACCUGUAUGUAAUAAUGAAUAGAUGUUGAUUUUGUAAAUGUUAGUCUGUAAGUAAUAAAGUUUUUCUAUAAAACUA